AUGACAGCGUUUGUGUCAUUCAAGUUUGCCGUUGCACCAUCCCAUAUCGCACGCAUCAACCGCACCGCGCAGCAGCUCGGGUUCCGCUCCAAGGAGGCGCACGCAGCGAGAUCACACGCCCCAGUCGCUUGCCGGCACUGCCCAGAGCCCCACACAACCCCUGAAGCCCGCCAAGUGCACCCGCAACCGCAUCAGUCGCUCUCGACCGCGCCGAAAACGGCCAACGCAGCGCCAGGUGCCAAAGUCAUCUUUACCUUUGGCUUCUGCCCAACGCAACUUUGCCGGCAAACGUUCCACCUGAUCCUCUUCACCAACUUCAAGGAAAAAUCGCAGCAGAACAAGAUGAUGAACACGGGCACACCUGGCGGCGCGCGACGCGCCAGUCACUCGCAAGAUGGGCGCCCGCCAGCCAAGAAGGCCCGACGCAAGCGGUUUGUGUGGAACGACACGCUCACUGCACGCGCGCUGGAGUGCUGCAUCAGCCUGCGCAUUCCCUGCAAGCAUGGCAAGCACGGCGUCUCCACGCUGUGGGACCAGGUGGCCACGCACAUCAACGAGAUUACGCUGCUGCGCCCGCACCACGCGCAACACGACACAACCGCCACCGCCAACACCGGCGGUAGUGGUGGCGCCCACAACAACAACAACAACGACAACAACGUCAGCAGCAGCAGCAGCAACAACAACCAUGGCGGUAGUGGCAGCGUGCCACACGCAGGCACGCCCGUGACGGAAAGCCCCAACAGCAGCACGCUGUCCAGCGCACCGCCGCCGUCAUCAUCAACGCCAGGCAGCACCGCUGGUGGCGAUGACAGCGUGUCAGGCGCAGCAACAGCGACACCAACGAGCACUGCACCAGCAGUCAUGCCACAAACAACGACAACGGCAACAUCAGCCGCAUCCGGCACGCCAUCGGCAGCGGCGGUCAUGACACCGGGCAGCAUGCAUAUGGGGACAUCACCCCGCACGCUGGCAGACGUGAACCCGGAGGACCUGUUGACCGGCGACCGCGUGCGCAAACGCAUCAUGAGCGUGAUUGAUAAGGUGGCACGCACGGACCGCCUGCAGCAGCAGCACGCCCUGCAGGUUGCAGCGGAGGGCACGGCGCUGGGCCUGGCGCCUCCGGAAGAGGACUUCUUCUCGGAGGAGGUGGUGCAACUUGCACGGAGGUUCAUUAUGAUGCGUGGCGAGGCAUUCCACCUGCGUGACGAGGGUGGCAGCGGCAGCGGCGGCGGUGCUGGUGACGUGUCCAUGACGUCGAUGGAUUUGAGCCCGCUUCCUUCGACCAACACCAGCAUAAUGGGUGGUGGUGGUGGUGUUGCCGGCGCACACGCGCACAUGCACGCGCCCGCCACACACGCACACGCGCACCCUUCCCCAUUCCCUCAGCAGCAGCAGCAGCAGCAGCAGCAGCAGCAGCAGCAGCAGCAGCAGCAGCAGCAGCAGCAGCAGCAUGCGUUGUUGCUGCCACCGCACUCGCACGCCCCCGUGCACGCACAUGCGCACGCGCACGCACCAGCAACGUCUGCAGCAGCAGCGGCAACCGCGUCAACACCAACAUCAGCAGCAGCAUCAACAGCAAUGACAGUGACAUCUGCAGCCGAGACAGCACCACCAGCAGCAACGGCCGGUGGCCAUGAUGGGCAUGAUGGUGAUGGUGAUGACGGUAACGGCGAUGGUGGUGAUGGUGGUGGUGGUGGUGGUGGCAGCGGCCGUGCGAGUCCAAUGGAAGAACGAGGCAAUAACAGCACAGGUGAUGAGGGGAGAGCGCAGGACGCAGCUGCAGCCGCCACACACCACCAAGCCACAGCCGCAACCAGCAACACCGCCAACAGCACCGCCAACAGCAGCAACGGCGAUGAUGGCAGCACCAGCAGCAGCGGUGGUGAUGGGAUGAUGAAUACGGGUCGCGUUGCGCGCGGCAGCCGGGGGUCGGCUGGGCGGCGCGCGGCACGGGCACAGGGGCUGCCAACACCAGCACCAGCGACAAUGGCGAUGGCGAGUGCAAUGGGGCAGGAGGCGCUGCAACACGACCGCCUCACGUCUCUCCUCUACAACGCCGUCAACCGCCUGCUCGACAAGUUUGAUUCGCUUGAGGCGCGGCUGGGGGACGUGCAGCGCGUGGUGAAGCAGCAGGAGGAGAUGCAGAAGGUGAUGGUGAACUUGGACGCGUUCAUGUCGCACGCCAUGAUGGCACAGCAGACGACCCACCACCAGCACCAGCACCACCACCAGCAGCAGCAGCAGCAACAACAGCAGCAACAACAACAGCAGCAACAACAGCCACACGCACAGCAACAUCACACCAUGCAUGCCGCACAACAGCAACAACAACAGCAGCAGCAGCAGCAGCAACACAUGUCCCAUCAGCACGAGCUGCCCAAGGCACCACCGGUAUUGGCGCACCACCACCACCCGCACCACAUGCACUUGCAGCAGCAACAACAUCAACAACAUCAACAACAGCAGCAACAGCAACAGCAGCCCCAGCAACAAGCUCAGCCGCAGCAGCAGCAGCAGCAGCAGCAGCAGCAUGAUCCCCACCAUCACCACCAGCAACAUCACCAGCACCCACGCCACCCUCAGCCGCCACACCCACCCCACGCAGCUUAA